AUGAUGCGUGUCCUGGGAAAAGGCUGUGCGGGCAAAGUGUUGCUUGUAAAGCACAAGCAGACCUCGGAUCUAUUUGCAUUGAAAGCUAUAACGAAACGGCAUGUCCUGGCGCAUCAGGAGCUUCAGCACACGCUGACUGAACAGGCGGUGCUGAAGAGGAUGGCGGCGGAGGGUAGGGAUCCAUUUGUCGUCAAGCUUUGGUGGAGUUUCCAUGAUAAGGAAAACUUGUUCUUGGUCAUGGACUUCCACCCUGGAGGCGAUCUUGCGACCCAGCUGGCACGAUGGGGCCGACUAGGACGCGACCGUGCACGCUUCUACGCUGCCGAAAUCGUCGAGGGCGUCGAAGGUCUACACGCAGCUGGUGUCAUCUACCGUGAUCUGAAACCUGAGAACAUCCUUAUCGGCGGCGAUGGGCACAUCGUGCUUACUGACUUCGGUCUGUCCAAAGAGUUCCCCAGGCGUCACCACACAGCUCCUCCACCUUCAGCCCACGGCGGCCCAAGAGGCGAGUUCUACUCCUCUGUACCCGGCACACCGCAACCCGCAACUCCGCCCUGGAUGAAGCCCGAACGGAAUGGCGACCUGGCGCUGGGGUGGCCAGGGCAGCCAAUCGGGCACACGGACUCUACGACGACGUUCUGUGGCACUGCGGAGUACCUGGCACCGGAGGUCAUUCAAGGGUUGCCCUACAGCUAUGAAGUGGAUUGGUGGAGUUUUGGAACUAUGCUGUACGAGAUGUUGACCGGGAUUACGCCAUUUUGGGCAAACAACCAUUCGGACAUGUACGUCCGCGUUCUGCAGGACGAACUUCAAUUCCCAGAUGAUAGGGCGAUCGACCAAGACACUAAGAGUUUGAUUCGCGGUCUUCUUCAGCGACUACCCACCCUCCGGAUUUGCGAGCCUAGAAUAAAAAAGCAUCCCUAUUUCUCCAUGAUUGAUUGGUCUCAUGUGUAUUAUAAGCGCUACAUACCCCCGUAUAUUCCGCCUAUCGACCCCUCGAACGCUAGCGAUACUCAGAACUUCGAUGACACCUUCCUUGAUAUGGAGCCUGUGCUCGACGAUUUCAACGAGAAUGAAGCAACUGACACCGACCAAGAGCCGCAAACCGAUGCUGACCGUACUGAUGGCGAAGAUACUGCCACGACGCCGUCGCAAUCACGCAGCUCCUCCGUCCGACCACAAAGCAGCCAACCACAGGACGACGACGUCGAUGUAUUUGAUGGAUACUCCUUCAAGGGUCGACAUUCAGUCCUCAUCGACGAUGAGGAGGAAGGCUCCGAAGAAGGCUCAGAGGAAGGUAGUCUGGAUGGGGAAGAGGAGGACGGUACUUCGCUUCUGAAAGGUUUGGAGGAGGAGCGAGAUGCUCAAAUUGGUGAAACGGAGCCUCUCGACGAGGACCUGCAGGAAGAGGUUGCGGAACCGAAGACACCUGAGGCCAGGCCUGCCGUUCUGCCUCCUGUUGCCGAGACAGAGCUUGAAGCACCUGUUGCUAUACCUCCAACGAAGGCGCCGCUGGUUCCAGAUGCCACAGAGACGCCAAGAGAGGAGACCAAAGUCGAAGAAAUUGUUGCAAAACGGAAGAGCAAGGAUCUGUCAUCUGUUGUUACCUCCGAAUCUGCUGCAACUGGCAAAGUCACGCCGCCGCCUCUUCCUCCAAAACCUAUACCUACUCGUCCACCAGUCAACAAUCGCAGCGCUCGUCCUCGCAGAGAAAAAUCUGGUGUUCCAGCUCUCGAUCGGUAUCUUUCGGAUGCCAUUGACGAGGACACGGAGGCGACGGAAGCAGAGCGGGAUGAAGAAGACGACGACUGGGACUUCGUUGAGGCUGGCGAUGGCGAGGACAGGAAUGGCGCGAAGGGUACAAGCUUGUUCGCUCGCGGUGUUGUGGAUCGUUACCGCCUCGCGGUAUUUCGGAAAUCAACCACACCGAACUCCAGAGGACCCCAGCGGUCCGCCUCUGGUAUGUCGGCAGCAUCAGGGACGACAGAUGCAACGAGCUCUCCGUCACCGUCUCAAAGACGGGGAAGGACCGCGGGCCUGCCGUUCAGGAGGCAUCCCAGACCGUUCUUGCAACCCAAGUCGCCUCCGUCGUCUUUCUCCAAAUCAGCGCGCUCACUAUCGCAGUCCGCCUCAAACACUAACACGCUCUCAGCGGCGUCGACGUCAUCUGCUGGUUUCCUCACCCCUUCGCAGUUUGUUGGAAGCACGUUUGCCCUAUCACCCUCGUUGAAGUCCAAGGAGUCGGCUAUGUCUGUUGGUGCGCAAAGCCAGUCCUCCGACCAGUCCAAUGGACAGUCAGCUGUGAUGGUUGAAGCAGCCGAUGCAAUUAAGGGGUCGCCUCAGUCGGAAAUGAAGCCGAAGAACAAGAAGCUGAAGAAGUAUAAAAACAAUGCAGCCGAGAAGGUGCUUUCCUUGUUCUCGUCACCCCGUCAAUCAACCACAUAA